AUGCGCUCCUCAAGGCUCCUCUUGCUCCCGGCAGCACUCCUCACCAGUGCACUCCAACUUCGCGACAUGCAUCCGUUUCUCUCCGCGCUGCCCGACAUUCUACAAGACUACCUGCCCGAAUCACUUUCCAACUCCACCGCCGCGCCGCCGCACGAUGUGCUCAAACGACAAUACAGCAACACUUGUCCGAAAGGCUUCGACYCAUGCGCAAAUCUCGGGGCGCCAUCCCUCUGCUGCGUCUCUGACGCCGUAUGCUCUGCGGACUCGGCAGGCUCCGUAGCGUGCUGUCCGUCAGGUGCAGCGUGUACGGGAACCAUUGGAGGCAUCAUCACAGGCGGAACCGUAGACGCGUCGGGCGGUCUGGUGGGCGUUGGCUCGACGGCAACGGGCGUGUCCGCAAGCACAACCAACUUCCAAUCUGCAAGCACUACGACCAACGGCGGCGGCCUGGUGGCGGCAACAUCACCUUCGACACCAGGCAUGGAGGAUGGAGGAAGCCCCACGGCGAAUGGCGGGUUCAUCAUAAACGGAGGUCAAACAGUGGCCACACCGGGAGCUGCCAUAAGAGCGGCGGAGAUUCCAGGCAUCGUCCACGCCAUCAUAUACGUUUUGGAGCUGCUACCCAUCUGA